GUGGGUGGCGUUCUCUUACCUCGCAAAUGGAAUAUUUAGCUGCGACUUCACGGUUCCGCACACAUGACAGGUUCAAAUGUCAAACAACCGGGGGUGCCAGUUACCAAUAGCGACCGAAUAGCGGACGAUUGCUUCGAUACCGAUCGAAGUCAUCUCUACUCGAAUAUUGGAAUAGCCAAGCCUACCAGUAUUGUAAUUCUGUGGCCAGACCUCAGCCUCAGGCAACUGUUGGAAUAUUCGAGGAGGUUAGAACAUCAAUAUUUACACUUCAGCAGUGUGUGAAAAAAAAGGAAAAUUGAAGAGUGUUCUACAUCACGGUGAACUCCGAUCGGGAUAACGAGUUGAGACGUUCCCAGACUCACACAACGCGACACUUUAUUAUUAUUUUCUGGUUCUCCGUCAUCCACUGUGUGCUUUCUUCAUUCGUGCGGUGUGUGUGUGUGUGUGUGUGUGCGUCUCAGUGUGCUGCCUCCCCAAGAUCAGUGUGGCGCGUUUGUCGUGUUGUGUGUUGGCCUUGAGUUUGCUCCGGCAGGGCCUUGACCCGGUGCCGCCGCGAGUGAACAAGAACAGGAGCAGCAGAAGAAGAGCAAAACCCUUCCCGGUUGUGUGAGUGAGCGCGGGCGAGCUGUCACGCUCGGGUGCGAAAGAGCCACACACAGCAAGAAAUGGGCGCUGAAAAGAAAACAAACCGAAACGAAGAAUGGCACACCAAAAAACGCGCCGGGCAAACAGAGAGGUGCUUUCUGUUUUGAGCAGGCCGGGCGUGUGUGUGUGUGUGUGUGUAUUCGUUGUUGGGAGUUGGGUUGGUUGGUCGCGAUUCGGAAUUGUUUCUCGUGGCGUUGUAUAGUAGAGGACGUACAUUCUGGUGUGUGUGUUUGGUUGCUGCGGCUAUUGCUGCGACUAGUGGUGAUACAAUCGUAGUACACACAGCUUCACCUGAAAAUUGCAAGCGAACAACAGCAGCAGCAGCAGCAGCCAGCAUGCCAACAACAAUAGCACGAGGCGAAUGGAGAAAUGUUCUUCAAACGUCAAUACCGUUCUCUGGCAGGCCGGAGGAACAAUGAAAGCAACAACACAAACAAACACACCAACAACACCUGACACAGUGACAACACACCGUCGCCUACUAGCUGAUGUGUGUACGUGUGCGUGGACUGGUUGCUAUACGGUUGUCAACGGCUCUUCUUAAGCGUGUGUGUGUGUACAUCUGUGGCUGAACAAGUAGACCUUGAGUUUUUCCAAUACCUCCCUGCUUCCGUGUGUCACCAAGCAUCAUCUUUAGCCAGGAUCUUUGAUGCACAGGAAAAUGUGAGUGUGUGUGUGUCCAAGUUUCCGUCAGUGGUCGGAAAAUUAUUGCAAUACUUCCUGCAAAAAUAUACGAGGAUUUGAUAAACCGGAGAGAGAGGAGCAAUCCUGAGUAACUAUCCUCCUGGUUGGGUUUCGUGAAGCGUGUGUGCGUCAUCGAAACGUUGGCAAUGUUGCUGCUACUACUAGGUGUAGUAACAGACCUAGUAUAGGUGCGUUUAUGUGUGCGUGUGUGCGUGUGUGUGUGACCCAGCAAAUGUUUUGCCUUGUUUCGGUAGUGUGAGUGUACCUUAGCACUGUUACAGAAGCAAUAGAGAGGUGGUGCGGUGGAAGUGAGAAGUCAGCAGGAAAAAAGUGCGAUUAAGGGAAACCGAAAAGAUGUGCAAAAAACAAGGCAAUAAAUGAAAAAAAGUUGGUGAAAAGAGGCGGAAAGAACAAGUGAAGCAGGCAACAAGUGAAUCGAUUUGAUAAGAAGAAAGAAGAGGGAAGUGACCAAAAACCCGGCCACGUGAAUGAAAGUUCGGUAGGUGUCCCUAUCCGGGUGGUUUGCGAGUGUGCGUGUGUGUGUUUGUGACAUUUUCCAAAACAGAGAAGGAAAAUUCGUUUCCCUGGAAAAUUCGUCAAUAAAUUCGUCCUCGUCCCUCCAAACAGCAAUGCAGUGCAUUCGAAGUGUGGGACCGGGGAGUGGAGGAAGCGGUGGAGUGGUGGAACGAAAGAUCCUGAUAAAGACGGAAGACUCACGUGGAGUGGCGAAUGGUGGUGAUGGCGUCAGUGGCGAACACAACGGCGACCGAAGGUCACAGGAAGACGUGGAGCGGUGUCAUCCUGGUCAGCAGGUUGGUAGCGGGCCGGACGAUAAGAAGAUGGUGUCCACGCCGGAGGUGCGAACAUUCGUAAUAAGCGAAAAUCAGUGCAUCGUGUACGGUGCACGGCCGGGUGGAAACGAAGGUUCAAGGCCAACCGCAACGCCACCCUUACCUUCGUCCUCCACACUGCAGCAACUACCCGUGUCCCAUCUGCCACCGAAGAAAACGCUCAAACUGGCCCUCGGGCUUCGGGGUCCAAUAUCUCCAACGACCAUAACACCCCGACAACCGUCGCCUCCACCACUCACCUUACGCCGGACAUCCGAGGACCCGGACCGGAUGAUGGCGCGGAUACAGAUCGUGUCCAAGGCGCACCAACACUCGUGCGACGACGACGACGAUGGAGAUGAUGCCGUUGGGCAGAAGCUCCCGGUGCAGGGUGGAGUGCUGGUGGCAGGUGGCCAGGGAGUACACGUGAUAAGAGAUGGUCGGUUCUAUCAACCUGCUUCAACACAGCAACAGCUCCAGCAAGAUUCUCGCAGUGACGUGAAGUCGGAGCAAGACCGGCAGGAACCGGACCACGUUCUGAUGGAGGAAGGAACUCGUGGUGGACCGUACCGUGUACAGCAACACAGUAGCAUCAUCGUUACGAACGGUGGUGGCCGUAACUCAUCACCACCAUCACCCCCACCUUCCCACCAAGGACGCCUUUCGCCUGCCGGAAGUGGCGGUGUCGGGGUAGUGCAGCAUCCUCACACUUCCAGCAGCAUCACGACAACGACCACGAUCCUCGUGUCGAACGAGCGUGCUUCCAGCUACAGCAAGCCGCCAACGCAGGCUACCUCUACUACAGCAACGACGGUUUCAAGCAGCAAGCAGCAGCAACAGCAACACAGUAACAAUCAUCAUCAACACGGACACGUAACCUCAAUGCAGCCUCCACCUCCACCGCCGCCGCUGAAGCUGUCCAAGAGCGGCGGAGGACACGAGGAACCGUCCAGUUCCAUGCCAGAUUUAGAAUUCGAUGGCACAACCGUCCUGUGCCGAGUGUGCGGUGAUAAGGCGUCCGGUUUCCAUUAUGGUGUCCAUUCCUGUGAAGGAUGCAAGGGUUUCUUCCGACGGUCGAUACAGCAGAAGAUCCAGUACCGACCGUGCACGAAAAAUCAGCAGUGCAGCAUUCUGCGAAUAAACCGCAACCGCUGCCAGUACUGCCGAUUGAAGAAGUGCAUCGCCGUCGGCAUGAGUCGUGACGCCGUCAGGUUUGGGCGUGUGCCGAAACGGGAAAAGGCCCGCAUACUGGCCGCGAUGCAGCAGAGCACACAGAACCGCGGCAACCAGCGGGCCCUUGCCAGCGAGCUAGACGAUCAGCCCCGGCUGCUGGCGAGCGUACUGCAGGCGCACAUCGAAACGUGCGAGUUUACGCGCGAAAAGGUCGCCGCCAUGCGUCAGCGGGCCCGCGACUGCCCGAGCUACUCGAUGCCGACAUUGGCAUGUCCCCUCAACCCAGCACCGGAGCUACAAUCGGAGCAGGAGUUUAGUCAGCGAUUCGCACACGUCAUCCGGGGUGUGAUCGACUUUGCCGGCAUGAUUCCCGGCUUCCAGCUGCUCACGCAGGACGACAAAUUCACGCUCCUGAAGGCGGGUCUCUUCGAUGCGCUGUUUGUGCGGCUGAUCUGCAUGUUUGACACCUCGAUCAACUCGAUCAUCUGUCUGAACGGGCAGGUGAUGCGGCGUGACACCAUCCAGAACGGUGCGAACGCUCGGUUCCUCGUCGACUCCACGUUCAACUUUGCCGAGCGCAUGAACUCGAUGCAUCUCACGGACGCCGAGAUCGGACUGUUCUGUGCGAUCGUGCUGAUCACGCCCGAUCGGCCCGGACUGCGCAAUGUGGAGCUGAUCGAGCGGAUGUACACGAAGCUGAAGGCUUGCCUGCAGACCGUCAUCUCCCAGAACCGACCGGACAAGCCGGAGUUUAUGCAGGAACUGUUGCGCACAAUGCCCGAUCUACGCACGCUCAGCACGCUGCACACGGAGAAGCUGGUCGUGUUCCGGACGGAGCACAAGGAACUGCUCAGGCAGCAGAUGUGGUCGGCGGAGGAAGAUCAGGGAGCGGUACUGGAUGCGAAGAGCCCCGCCAGCUGGAGCUGCGAUGGUAAUCAGGUGGAGGUCGAGAUCGCCAAAAGCCCGAUGAGUUCCGUGUCGAGCACGGAGUCCACGGAAACGUCCUCCUCUUCGUCAUCCUCCUCGUCCGAGUACCACCACCUGCACCAUCACCAUCAUCACCACAAUGGUGGCAUCUCGUCGGCAGCUUCGGCUGCUGCCCCGCUGCUCGCCGCUACCCUGUCCGGUGCCUGUCCCAUCAUUCGUCACCGUGCCAGCUCCGGGUCGUCAGCUGAGGAUGAUCUGAUCGGCGGAACGGCGCAACAUUUGGCCCAGAAUGGACUAACGAUUACGCCCGUCAUCCGGUCGGUCGGGUCCUCAUCGUCGUCGUCGGCAUCGUCCGCUUCGUCCGCCUCGAGUCAUCUCCAUCACCAUCAUCACCAUCACGUGUCGCGGUACCGCAAGCUAGACUCGCCGACUGACUCCGGCAUUGAGUCAGGCAACGAGAAGCACGACAAUCCCUCUCCGCAGCAAGUGCAACAGCAGCAGCAACAGCACCAGCAUCUGCUGCUCCACCCGAAACCGGCCAGUAGCAGCGUCAGCAGCGGCUCCUCGUCCUGCUCCAGCCCACGCUCGUCCCUCGAGGAUCCGGCCCUGGAAGAUAGUAGCAGCAACCAGGCCAAAUCACUCCAUCAUCACCCCCAGCAAUCGCUGGCGCGCCAUGCGAGCGUGGAGAACAUGCCGGUGCUGAAGCGCGUGCUGCAGGCACCUCCACUGUACGACACCAACAGCCUAAUGGACGAGGCGUACAAACCUCACAAGAAGUUCCGCGCCAUGCGUCAUCGCGAGAGUGAAGCGGAAGCGGCCUCCUCCUCUACCACGUCCGCAUCAUCGUCGCCGGUAGCGGUCACCACCGUGCUUGCGUCCUCUUCCUCACCCCGACCUGCCCCGAUCCAGCCCCAGCAGCAGCAAUCAUCCGUCGUGACGGCGGCCGCUCCAUCGCCACCGCAGCACCACCAGUCCCAGCUGCACAUGCAUUUAACGCGACCCCAGACGCAGUCCCACCAAAGCAGCGGCAGCUUCCUGCAGUCCGCGUCGGCGAGGUCCAGCCCGCAGCCACCGGUCAGCGGGCAGCACCACAGCACCUACUCGUCCCUCUCGAGCACCCACUCCGUGCUGGCCAAAUCGCUGAUGGAGGAACCGCGCAUGACGCCCGAGCAGAUGAAGCGCACCGACAUCAUCCACAACUACAUCAUGCGUGAGUCGGCACAGGAACAGCAGCAGAACUACAUCAAGCAGCAGCAGCAGCAGCAGCAGCAGGGAGGAUUGCUCGUCUGUGGACCGAACAUGGCCAAUGGGGUGUUCCAGCGUGCUUCGCCCCAUCUCACCGUGUCCGCCGUGUCACCGGCACCGUCCUCUUCCUCCUCGUCCUCUUCCUCGUCGAGCCCUGCAUCGGCCCCGACCGGCUGUCCCUUCGGUGGUGGGUCCAGGUUCCAGCAGGUGAUCCACGGUGGCGCUAGUGCAGCGGCCAGCGUCAUCACGACCACAGGGCACCGUGCCCAGCAGACACCUUCCCCGGGUAGUCUCACCCCACCGGAUACCUCCUCCUCUUCGUCCUCCUCCUCGUCGCUGUCGGUCGUGUCCUCACCACCGUCCGCGGCCUCACCGUCCUCUUCCUCGUCGACGAGCAUCCGCUACUUCCAGUCACCACACUCCACGAUGACCUCACCGGCACCGCCGGCCUCCCCAUCGUCGGUAGUCGUCGCCCCGCCGCUCACCCCUUCACCGCGCCUAAUCGAGCUGAAGGUGGACAUCGGAAGUAGUGGCGCCGCCGCCUCCACCACCACCACCACCUCCCUCGAUCCGUGCCAGCAACCAUUGAACCUGUCGAAGAAGUCACCGUCGCCGGCCCCGGUCGGUGUGGUGUCUGUGGUCCAGCGGCCCAUGGUCCUGCCAACUGCAGCUUCCUCGUCCUCCUCCUCCACAUCGCCCGCACCCAUCUCACCGGUGGCGACUGCAACGACCGUGGUAGUGGCCACCAGUAGCAGCAGCAGCAGUAGUAGCAGCAGUACUAGUGCCACCAGCAGCAAUCCCACCAUCCACAAGAUCCUACUCGAGGCGUAAGAGAUGCCGAACGAGAGAGAGAGAGAGAGUCAUACGAAGUAAACCACAAGAGGCAGACCAGAGAGAUAUAUCCGGACGGAGGAGUCGUCGAGAACUACAUCUACACAUCUGUACAAAUUUUUAAUGUGUUAAGACAACUGGACCGAAGGAGCGGGGGGGGGGAGAUGAGAAGCCUAAAACCACUCCACACACACACACACACUGGCACACGCGGAGUGGUGACAGUUUGUAUUAUAGUAUUUUAGUGUCACACGAUCUACAAAACGAAGCAGGAGAACGUUUGAAACUACAAUUGCGAAGCCAAAAACUAAGCGACUGCUACUGCUGCUGCUGUUGUUACUAUUGCAAGACACAAAAAGAACUCUGUCCGCGCGUGUGUGUGUGUGUUUCUGGGAGGGGUGGAAGGAUGGAGUUGCUCUAAUAGAUCUCGAUUUUUUGUUUUAUUAAAGAAAGCUUUCCACCGACCACCGAUCGUAGUGUGAGAGGAGAAGGGAACCGAGUCAGACAGACAGAAUCAGGGCUGUGUGCGUGGAAUGAAAGCGAAACUAGGCCGGUGUCAAGGAUCGGUGCAAAAGAAGGGGGAACAGGAAGAAGGAGAAGAAAUCCUAGUGUGAUGAAGAAAAAGCAAAACAAAGGGAGGAGUAAGGCGAAAGGUUUGUAGCAUAUAUUAUGAUUAUUAUUAUUAUGGUGUAGCGAUAGGUUUUAAGGGAGGGAAUUUAAAGUUUAGAGAGAAAGCAGAAAAACAAAAACCCACACGAAUGCAGUACUCUGCUGUUGUUGCUGCGGCUGUGUGUGUGUGUGUGUGUGCGUAUUAAGAAAACAGAGACAUUAAUUGCAUGAAAAAGCAGCCAAACUACACUAAGCUCUGGGAAGCGAUUAAAAGAAAAAACAAAACAUUCACACUCACACACACGCAACAGGAUAAAGAAUGGGGAGAAAAGUCCUUUUCCCUUAAUCUUUUGUACAGUAAGCAGUACACCGUCAGCAGUAGUGGUGGCACAAGAAGCAAAAAAAAAAUCUAUAAGUGUAAGGAACUACAAAAACAAACACAGACACACACACAAAGAAGAAAAAACAUGCAAGACACUCACAUAAACAACAAACGCAUAACAGCACAGCACACAGCAAGAAAAAGAGAAGAAAAAACACACACACACCCACAGAAACUAUUUAGAGAAGAAGAAGCAGUAAAUUUAUGCGCUGUUUUCAAAGCAAUGGAAUAGCGAUUUUUUAAUAAACAAAAAACAGAAUUGAUGAUUUAAAGAUGAAAAGAGAGAGAGAGAAAGAACGGAAUCAGAAUCAGGUAAAACAGUUAAAUACGAACAAUGGCAGCAAGCAAUUGAAAUAGAAAACAUAAAACUAAGAGACAAACAGUUAUAACAGAGCAAAACAAAGUAAAACAAACAAAUGUUAACUCUGCAAACCUCUACCUACAAGCACAUGAAACAAAACAAACUGAACCUACACGAGGGAAAACUGGAAAAGAAAGCUUAAGUUACUUGUAAAUAGUACUGCUAGUGAUGUAGGCGAACGGUGAUGAGAAUGGAAAAGUAUGCAAUACACCCAGGAAGUACCCAAGGAACGUCACGAAGCGAAGGUGGAAGAAAACAAACAAAACAUAUUCAACAGAACAAAACAAAAAAGAGGAGAAAACGAAGGAAGAGCAGAAAGCAACCAAGAGAUUAAACAAACAAAACACAAGAAAGCAAACAAAAUAAUUAUACAAAACAGAAACUAUAAUUCCGCAGAUUAAAGAGAAAUAGAACGAAAGAGAGAAAGAUAUAGUUUAACGAAGCGUUAUAAAAAGAAAACAGACACGAAAAUAGCAACAGCAGAGAGGUUUUUGGUUGAAGUGUUUGUGUGUACACUGUAUAAGCAUGUGUGUGUGUGCGUGUGAUAAAGAAGAUGUAUAAAACAAAAAAAACAGAAAGAGAGAAAGAGAGAGAGACACUUUAACACUAAAAAAAACAAUGAGAUUCUUACAGGAAAACAAGGUAGAUGAAGCAACAAAAGCAAAAGCAAUGAACGGGAAAAUGAGUCACAAACAACUACUAUUAUUAUUAUGAUUACUACUACUACUAUUACAACUGCUGCUGCUGCUGCAACUACUACGGUUGGCACACAGAACAAGACAAUGAAACCAGAACCACAAACAAGAGUAGAGAGCCGCAGAGCCGGAGAGAGAGAGAGCGAGAUGUAGUGAGAGCUGAGAUUGAACUGAUUUUGCUUAAGCAUUUUCUUCUCUUGCAGACACUUUUCAUCUUCACUUUUCCUAUGUUUUUUGUUCGCUGCUGGAACACACAAACACACACGUACAUGCAUAGGGGAAACAAACCAUCCUUCGUUUAUAGUAGCACAUUGUGUGUGAGAGAGAGAAAGAUGAAGCGCGAGAGAGAGAGAGAGAGCGUGAGAGAUAGAAAUUGCCUAGCAUUAGAGCGUGUAGAGCGUAUCAUUCUGAUUCAUUAUUAUAUUAUUAUAAUUUUAUUCUAAUUUUAAAUUCCAACAAUCGAGAGCUAUAUAUUAGUGUGUGUGUGUGUGCGCGCGAAAGUGUGUAUGUAAAUAGCGCGAGUGUGUGAGUGGUCUGUGCGUGACCGGUUAGGUUGAAUUCAAAUUUUAAAGUUUAAUUUACUUGUUUCAUGUUUUUCAUUUUCACAAACACUUUCUCCUUUGAGCUAGAGUAGUGUUUUUGUUUCUUUGUUUUGUUUUUAUUUUUUGUCCUUCCGCGUAUAGACUUAGUUUAAUCAAAUUUGUGUUCUUUUUCAAAAAAAGAACCGUUUUUCUUUGUUCUUCUUUUUCACUUCUUAAUUCGUUCUAUAUAGUUUUCAAUUGGCACAAUGGCGUGCGUGUCUGUUGUGUUGCUUAGGGGUUUACGUAUGUAUGUGUGCGUUACGGUAGUUUAUUUAUUGAACAAGCUGUUUGUUUUUUUUUCUUCUCUUCCGUUUAUGUUUGUGUUUUAUCUUAGCUCUUUUUUAACAUACGUAUAACUCAAUUUGCUUUUAUUAUGUCUCUGUAUUGGUUUUGUUACUCCAUUUUCCCACUUCUUUCCAUUACUUUUUAUCUUUCGUACUAGAGUUACACCUUUGCUUUGCUGCCUUUUUACGUAUUUUUCGUUACGUUAGCUCAAUUUACGUUUUACGGUUCCACACAACAAGGACGAGGUAGUGCAGUGUAAAAAAAGGAAGUAAAGUCCGUGUUUAGAGGUUUUUUUUCGCCCCUGUUUUCUUGAUUUAGUCGAUAAGUUGUACAACAGUAAGUGAAAACUCCCUACUAGAAGAGGAAGAAGGUGAAAAGGUGAAUGCGUGCGUGUGUGUGUAUGUGUGUGAAUACCAUUACAAAGAGAAGAUAAGAAAAGUGAAAAAAAUCACACAAACACACACACACACACACAAAAUGGGAUUAUGUGCAGAAAAGAUAAUUAAACACGGAAAAAGAACCAUUUCUUAUUUUUAAUUUUUAAGUAAACGGCAACCUAGACAGAGAAAAAAGUGAGUGUGUGUGUGAGAGAGAAAGAGAGAGCGAGCGAGUGAAAUAAUGAGUUUCCUUAAUUGAUUAAAUGUGCGUUUUUUUUAUUUAUACACUAUAAGACAAUUAAAAUAAAAACUGAUUUUAAUACAACAAAACAAAUAAAACAAGCAAAAAACCAUAAGCAUUGAAAAA